CUAAUCAAACUGUUCCCAGUGUGUGGGGUUAUGACAAUCCAGGGGAGCUACAGUUAGAGAGAGAGAGACACACAGAAAUAGAGAGAGAGAAAGAGGGAGGGAGAGAAGGAGGAGGGGGGACGGAGAUCACUUCGAAGGAAAAGAAAAAUAUAUAUAAACCACUCGUCGCUAGCGAACUAAAAUGCGAUGUGUUAGUGCAGCGUUUGGGAUAAAUGAUUUCAUUAGGAACUUAUGAAAACUAUAUACGUGUUGGGUCGUUUGAGAGCCAAAGCACCGGACUGAAGCACUGAAGUCUAUACAUUCAUGUAAAAUACCAGGAUGACUAGCGAGGAGAUAUCUGAGGUCAUUCGAGCAUCGCCACGUUCUUUACUAUUGACGUCGCUCUCUUUGCUUGUGACUGUACGCCUGUGUUUGUGGAUCCAGCGGUACCUGCGCCUUCACAGCCCCCCGGGACCGUUUCCUUGGCCCAUUGUCGGAAAUGCCGCUCAGCUUGGAUGCGCGCCUCACCUGUACUUCACUCGUAUGGCAAAGAAAUACGGUAAUGUUUUCCAGAUCAAGCUCGGUAGCCGGACCGUCGUGGUCCUUAACGGUGAUGUUAUCAGGACGGCGCUCAUCAAAAAAGGAGCUGAUUUUGCCGGUCGGCCAGAUUUUACUUCUUUUCGGGUCGUUUCAAAUGGCAAGAGCAUGGCUUUCGGUAACUACAGCGAGCAGUGGAAAGCGCAUCGGAAGGUCGCACAGUCCACGGUCCGGGCGUUCACCACCAUCAACAUGAAAACCAAAAAGACGCUUGAGAGUCACGUUGUGAGCGAGGUCAGGGAACUGCUCUACCUCUUCUUGGAAAAAUCAGCAGAAAAGAAGUACUUUGAACCGCGGUCAUACCUCAUUAUAUCCAUCGCAAACGUAAUGAGUGCCGUUUGUUUUGGGAAGAGGUACUCUUACACCGAUUCGGAGUUUCGAACGAUUGUGGGGAGAAACGAUCAAUUCACCAAAACGGUGGGUGCUGGGAGUAUCGUGGACGUCAUGCCUUGGCUUCAGUAUUUUCCAAACCCGAUUAAAUCUAUAUUUAUUAAUUUUAAAAAACUCAACGCGGAGUUCUACGAUUUCAUCCAAAACAAAGUUUCCGAGCACCGGAAAACGAUUAAGUCUAGCAUCAUUCGAGACAUGACUGAUGCUUUUAUUUUUGCCAUGAAUCGGAAACUAACUGGCCCGCUCGGUGUUUUCCUGGACAAAGAACGCAUCUGCCCCAUGAUAACCGACAUUUUUGGAGCAAGUCAAGAUACACUAUCAACCGCUUUGCAAUGGAUCAUACUGAUACUUGUAAGAUUUCCUGAUGUCCAAGCACGACUUCGGGAAGAGGUCGACAAAGUGGUGGACCGGAGCAGACUCCCGACCAUCGAGGACCAGAGUCAAUUGCCGUACGUCAUGGCCUUUCUCCACGAGGUCAUGCGAUACACCAGCUUCAUCCCUGUCACCAUCCCACAUGCAACAACCAACAACACUACCAUUGAAGGCUACCACAUCCCUAAGGGCACCGUGGUCUUCAUUAACCAGUGGUCUGUCAAUCAUGACCCUGGCAGGUGGAUGAAUCCAGAAGUUUUUAACCCCCUGAGAUUCCUGGAUGCCAGUGGGGCUCUGGAUAAAGAUCUGAGCAGCAAUGUUCUGAUAUUCUCAAUGGGAAAGCGCCGCUGCAUAGGGGAGGAACUGUCCAAGAUAAAGCUCUUCCUUUACACAUCCCUGCUGGCUCAUCAGUGCCUCUUCUCAGCCGACCCAGAAAGCCCCCCCAAAAUGGAUUUCGAGUACGGCCUGUCCCUGAAGCCCAAAAACUUCAAAAUAACAGUCACACACCGUGACACCAUGGACCUGUUGGACUCCUCUGUGGAGAAGCUGUUGGAUGGUGUGAAAACAGAAGAUAGAGCGGGUUAAGCAAAAACGAAACAAAGAAGACUAUGAAUGAAGGCAUAAGGAAGUGCAAGUGAAGUAGAAUGGCUAUGAUUUCCUAACAUAGAAAUAUAUAUUUAUAGAGACUCAAACAAAACAUAGUAUAUUUUUAUAUAAUUUCUAAACAGGGCAUAAUCAUCUGAAGGACUUUUAAUCUGCUUGAUAGACAAAUAAAAGUGCAAUAGGAAUUCAGAAUAUAAAUUUACACACAUAUAACAUAAAGCUGCCAUGCAUGAGAGCAUGGAAACACAGUUUUAAAGCUUGAGUCUCUACAUGCCAGUCCGUAAUGCUGAUCACAGGCAGGCUUGAGAGUGUGCUCGCCAACACAGUAUGAGAGAGACUUUUAGUCAGCAUUUCUCAUAAGCUAAGCUUCAUAAGUAGUUAGGCUGUCCAAAGACAUGUGUCUGAUCAUAAAAAUAGGCCCACAAGUGCUCAGAUUUUGUCUGUUUCAUGGUACUAAGAAACAAAUUGACACAUUUUAGGUCUUUUUUGGAUCUAUGGAUCUCAUAAAACACGAUUAAUAUUUGUCAAGGGUUUUACUUUACAUUUAAUGUUCAAACUUGUAUGCUUCACUUUUAGCAGUACAAUAUGGUAGCUUGACUCGCAUAGUUUCACUGCAAAAAAAAAACAAUAAAGAUUAUCAUGGUGCUGAAUUUCAAGCACAGAUUUUCCAAAUGUUCAGAAUAGUUUUGGACAAACUGCACACUGGAUCACCAUUUCUGCAUGUUUACUUACAUAGAAAAUAUCUUACUGAAAAGUCUUAUAACUGUUCUUGGGUGUGUAUCAUAGCACAGUAUGAAAUAAUCUCUGGGUUUAUCACAAUAUCAAAAAGUAUUUAAAAAAAUUAUGUAACAGUAUGGUAGGAUGUAUAAAAACAAACAGGCCUGAUUAAAUUGUCCUAGCAAAAUUUGAAGAGUUAGGGUGUAAAUGGAGAAUAUGAUUAACAGGUACAUGCCCAAAGUGCUGGCAUUUGUAGAAGACUUGAAUAUAUACAGGAAUAUAUAAUGUAAUGUUUGUUUUGUACACGCUUCAGAUUUUCAGGAUUUAAGAUACAGGGUAGCCUGUGUGUAUGAACUACUGUAUUCAUGCAUUUAUUAAAAAUGCUUCACUCACCUGACGUGUAUUAGACCAGGAUAUUUUCGUACCUAUAUUUCUGCAGUGUUGAUCAAAGCACUAUCAAUUUUUAUGUGUUUUGAUGUAUAUGAUUCAGGGAUUGUCUAGUCUUGUUAACUGCUUUAUUUCAUGUAGAAGCUCAAAUAUACACAGUGGUUAAAUAUCUCUGUAAAGUUUAAACCCUGCUAAUUAACCCUUAAUUUAACAAGCUUCAUAGUAGGAGUUUGCCAGUUUUAUACAUUUUAAGAAAUUUGUAAUAUAUUUACUAGGGGUGUGCUAUCACUGUAAAAGCAUUAUAUUUAUAGUUAAGAUAAUCAUAUAUCAUUUUAUGACUUUUUAAAAUAAAAUGUAAGUAGAUUUUUA